AUGGCACGCAGAGAGCUUAUCGCUAAUAAGAUUCAGAUAUUUGACGAUAAUCCCAGAAAUUUUUACGGUUGGAAAGAAUCCUUCAAGAAUAUGAUACGAGACAUUCAUCUUACCCCUAGCGAAGAGCUAUCGCUCAUCAUAGAGUAUACCAGCAACGAAUCAAAGAAACUUGCUCAACAGCUUCGAAACGCAUAUAUCAACAAACCCACUGAAGGCGUGGAGAUACUAUGGCAAAAACUUAGUCAGCGGUUUGGUUCUAACGCGGUUAUAACUGAAGUACAUUUGAACAAACUGAAAGAUCUGCCCAAAAUCGGAUUUAGAGAUAACAAGAAACUCCAAGAACUCGGAGAUCUGCUUUUAGAAUUACAGUGUGCUAAGAAUGAUGGCGGAUACAGAGGCCUCAGAAUCCUCGACGAGCCCCUUACAUUAUUAAACCUGUCAAUAGAGAGGUUAAGAUACCCGGGUUCCGUUUACGGGUACGAGUAUCGCCAUUUUGUUUUCCAAUUUUUGCUGCUGUCAGCAUUUUUACUCGUAAUUUCUACCCGUUUCCCCGCGGUAAACCAUGGUCUACACGUAAAGGACAAACGGGUACGGGUGAUUUCUGUUUACUAUUUGUGGGCCGUUUAAAAAGUAAAAAGUUUCAACAUCUUAUCCAAAAAAAUAACGAACAUAUGCUCGUCAAAGUUUUCAACAAUCUAUGGCGAACUUCAACAGCGAAAGUUACCAUUCUCUGAUAGGUUUACUCACGCCGGAAUAACUUGGAUUUCUUAAGUUACAAGUCGUUGCCCGAUUUAUGGGCACGGGUACGUGUAUAUCACCCGUACCCGUAAACCGGAACCGGGGUAUCUUAACCUCUCUAUUGCGAAGCUCCCUGGCGAUAUCCAAAGCAGAUGGCAAAAGCACAUCUUUCGAUAUAAGAAACAACAAGCCGAGGUGGACUACCCGCCAUUUUCCGAGUUUGUCACCUUCAUCCAGGAGUUGUCUCUCGAAAGAAACGAUCCUAACCUGAUCAUAGAGCUUCCCGAGAAGAAGAACACAGGUAUGCGAAACCCGAGCUGGCGACAAGAAAUUAGUGUAAAGAAGACUGAGAUCGAGGCCCAAGAUCGCAGAGUCGGACACGAUCCCCCACCUCGUAACCCUACGAACUGGUGCAUUGUCCACCAUAAAGGACACCCAUUAAGCAAGUGUAAAGCCUUCCAAGCCAAGCCACUCGAUGAAAGAACCACAAUACUAAGAAAGAACAGAGUAUGCUUUCGCUGUAUCGCAUCGUGCGAUCACCUUGCGAAGGACUGCAAGGCCAAGGUUGUGUGCACCGAAUGUGGAAGCAACAAACACCUCGUCGCACUACACGUCGACGUUGAGCAAAGGCACGGCCGGGAGCAGGUAGCAAAUAAAGACCAACCCGAUGAUGGCGCUAACCCUCGACAAAACCAGCACGCGGGAGAGAUCACAACCAAAUGCACCGAAAUAUGUGGGAGUUCCCCCGGUGGGAAAUCAUGCUCAAAAAUCUGCCUAGCCAACAUAUACGUUACCGGACAUCCAGAAACCAAAGUGAAGGCGUACGUGGUAAUCGAUGAUCAGAGUAACAGUUCUCUAGCAAAAUCCGAACUGCUUGAUCGCCUAAACGUUCACGGUCAAGCAACCUCGUAUUCGCUUAGAACAUGUGCCGGAACAACUCAGAUUCGAGGAAGAUGCAGCAAAAAUCUCGUCGUAGAGUCUGUGGACGGUAAUAAAAGUCGAACAUCAGUCGAACAUCAUCGAAUGUAACGCGAUCCCUGAUUCUGAACAAGAAACACCUUCGCCAGAGGUAGCCCGAGCUCACCCACACCUACACGAAAUUGUUGACGAAAUACCAGAGAUCCGUGGCGACGUAGACAUCCUACUGCUCAUCGAUCGGAAAGCUCUUCCACUUCAAAAGGUUCACAAAUCCCGUAACGGACCUAGAAACGCCCCUUGGGCUCAGCGUCUUGAUCUAGGAUGGGUCAUCAUCGGCAACGCUUGCCUGGACGGAGCUCACACACCGAAGCCUUCCUGUUACAAAACAAACGUUCUCGAAAGUGGCCGACCAUCAAUCUUUUCACCCUGCCCUAAUCGUUUCCACAUCAAGGAAUACACAUCACCGUUCCUGCCGUCCCCUACGACGGAAAUAGCGACCAAAGGAAAGAGACAUUCGAAAACGGAAACUUUGACGAUGACCUAGCAGCCAAAGUGUUCGCAAGUUCGAAGGACGACAACAAACCUGGUCCCUCCAUGGAAGACAGGAGAUUUGUCAACAUAAUGGAACACCAAAUGGUCAAAAUCGAGGCAGUGAACUGA